GUCGCGUGCACGGAGGGCAGCUCUGGGCGCCGAGCGGUUGCUGCGGGCGCUCAGGGGCCCUGGAAACAAUGGCGGUGUGCGCGCGAGCCGCGCUGCUGCUGUGCACGCUGCAGGUGCUGGCGCUGCCAGGGACCGCCACGAACAGGACCGACGCUCAGGGCUCUCCAAGUGGAAACCACUCUGUGCCUCUGCUGACCUCCAAUGCUACCAUGGCAGAGAAUACUACCAUGCAUGUGGUUUCCAACCAGACCCAUGAAAUUAACAGCACCGUGAAGCCUUCAGUACUGCCAAAAACUACCAUAGCUGUCACUGUGAAACCUACAACUGUUGUUAAAAUAUCAACCCCGGGAGUCUCACCAAAUGUGACUCCCACUGCCUCAAAGUCUACACCCAAAGCAAGUGCUUCCCCAAACUCUACCCAGACAUCAGCAUCCACUACAACCACAGCCCACAGUAGUUUACUGACAUCUGUCACGGUUUCAGCAACUACUCAUCCCGCCAAAGGCAAAGGAUCAAAGUUUGAUAUUGGCAGCUUUGUUGGUGGUAUAGUGUUAACACUGGGAGUUUUAUCUAUUCUCUACAUUGGAUGCAAAAUGUAUUAUUCAAGAAGAGGCAUUCGGUACCGAAGCAUUGAUGAACAUGAUGCCAUCAUUUAAAGUCCUUCAGUGAUCAAGGAAAGAAGAGCGACUGCAGCCCUGUCAAUUAUUUUGGUUUAUAUUAGUUGAAACUAUUAUUUUCUUGGAAGUAGUAAAAACAAGACAUGCAUAAAAUGAACAGUAUAUUCCAUGAAUAUCUGGAAAUUUCUCAUUACUAUAGGUAAAGGGCAUAGCCUGGGUAAAAUGAAUAUUUGGAGCUAACAGUAAUUUAUCCAGUGAUCAUAUUUCCUUUAGUAAGUCAUAGCAAGACAAGUCCUAUCUUUUGGAGUAUGUUCAUGGCACUGAUUGGUGACACAGGACCAGCAUCACUGAGGAGCAGGACCCAUGUGGCAUACAUUUGAGGAGCCUGUCACAGCAUUCCCGAUAUCAGUGUCUUUACUGCUCACAUAAAGCAUUUGAGUGCCAGUCAGAGCUGGGUGAUCCUAAUUCCUGCCUCAGGUUCCACGGUUGAGCUAGCCAGCUUUCAAAUGCAGUGGAAGGAAGCCUCAGCAUUUUAGGGUUUAGAUUAGAGUUCAUCCAGAAGUAGAACUUGCAAUCCAAACACAGCCCUGACGAUCACACCCGUGCUCCUGUGCUAAAGGCCACCAGGCACUGGGAGCUUGGCUCAUCAUUUCUCUUCAACUGUCAGAGCUGGUAUCUCUUCUUUUGUACAUAAUUCAGGCAAAGCUGCAGCACUCGCCUGGCUUCUCAGAAGGCACAGCAGCAUGAAGACGGCUGUCAUGCUGCUGUGGAAACCUGUCCCACCAUUGGGAACUGCUUCCCACAGUCACUUGUCAGUUUGAGUUCUAGUGAACGUUUUUUAGGCAAUGUGGAGCUGCUUCCCAUAUCUAGGAUUUUUUAAUGGAUGCAAAAAUGCCAUUUUUAAAAAGCUCCAUUAUAUGAUUUGCCAGUCAGUGUUUAGAAGUCUAUAUUGACCAGCAUCCUGUUUGUUAAGCCAGGAAUUGUGAAGCCCCAGGCCACCGAACCCACAGGGUACAAAUGCUGUAUUUUUUUACUGUCAACUUACUCAGAUUUGAGAAAAUGACUUUUAUACUAAGGUGUAUUUUGGUAACCUCUGGCUUCCUUAUCCCCAAGCCUACUCCUUACCCUCUGGAAAGGGAGCUACACCCUGUUGUUUCCAGGGAAGCAGCCUCAGGUCACCAGAGCAGCCACGCUGUCUGUGGCAUUGUAAGUUUUAAAAUUUAUACUCAGGUCAAACUCAGGGCCCAGUUUAAUAAAGAAGGCAUUUAGUUACAAAAUACUAGUAUAGUAUUUCUAUCGUAGAGGGACAAAGUGAAUUAUAGCAAUUUCUAAAAGUGUAAAAAUAAGCCAAAAAUUAUGAGCGAACACACACCUAUGUUACAGUUAAAAAUGUAAGUAUAACUUUUGUAAUGUGCUUCUGGUUUUCAUAAGAACACAAACUACAAAGAAUUUUUUUAUAUAUAAGAAUCAUUUCUACUUGCUUUACAUUAGGUCCAACUGGUGAACCAUGGACUGCUCAGAUGAUGCUAACCCAGAGGGAGAUACUAGGAAAGGGACCGUGGGGUUAGACUAGUUUCAAACAAGGGCUGGUGGGAAAUCCAUGCUUCCCGCUGGCUUGCAGCCACUGCUCUGCUUCCUGUGGGAAAUACAGUUCAGGGCCUCGGGGCAGUGAGGGCCUUGAAAGCUUAACUUGUUUUAUCUGCUCCAUUCUUGGUACUUCAAUACCCACCAGAGAUCGUCUUAAAUACUUGUUUCUCUAGCACUUUGGAGAUAUAAACCACUUUCUUAAAGCAUUCUCAUUAUUUGCCUCUUACAUUUCCACUGAGUUGGGGGUUAAAAGUAAUUUACUUAAUAUCUAAUUUGUUACUUUCAAAUACCAGGACUUUUGUUGAAGAGACUUUUUAAUCUGUAAAAAUUGAACAUGUUUCCUAAGUGUAGUUGUCUCCCAAGUGUGACUUAAACAAAUGCUUACCUUUCCUAGCUUUUCUAAAGAAUGUGUUUAUUAAAGUAAAACAAUGAGUAAAUCUAUAGAAGGACUAAUUCAAAUAUGAGAGUUAGCAACAUAUUUUAUGGUGUGGUAAUUUUAUAUCUUGAGAAAGACUAAAGCAAUCCCUUAUUGCCCUUUUUCUAUUGUAAUGACCAAUUUUGGUAUCUCAUUGUUACUAAGAUCUAUUUUUAGAAUAAAAUUUGUUCUCCAUUCAAAGUGA